GACAAGUUGGGCAGGGCCAACAAUCUGUGCACUACUUUUAGUAACGUUGGAAGCUUGCUACGGACACGGUUUCUAAGUUGUGUGAAAGUGUUCUAUUCUGUUUUGUGCAUCGCUAUAUUCAAUUGAUCGAUGUACUAUGACAACAUACACGUCUCUUCGAUGGCUUCUAGUCUUCGUCUGGUUGCAAUUCUGUGCAAACAGACUCGUUUGUGUUGUGAGAGCGACUACUUCAUCAGGAGUUAACUCUCAGAUUUGCCAAGCUCCAAAAGUCACUCGUACAACUACGACUAAAAUAUAUCUUUCACUGAAGUGUCCUUUAGGAAAUGCAACUGCAUGUCACAUUACGGAGUACUGGAUAUAUUUCUGGCGUCUACAUUUUGUUCCGGAAGCUGGGAUGAGGAAAACAAGUGCUAGUACAUUUGUGUUUAUUCACUUGCAUCCACACACACUUUAUCAAUUCCGAGUAAAUGCAACCUAUAAUCAUCAGAACUGUGCAAAGAAACCUCUUGCCUUAGGUCCAGCAGUACGUGUGAGGACACAGGCUUUUGUACCUAAUCCACCGAAUACCAUUAACGUCAUGGCACUGGGUUCAAACUCUCUUCAAAUUGGAUGGGAUUCGGUUCAGUACAGAUACGGAACUGUUGGCUACCUAGUCUACUACAAUAUAACGCGGCAUAGAUAUGAAUCCAAAUCAGCCAAAUCUACUAAUGUCUUGCUUACUGGCCUCACACCGUCCACCAAAUAUGAGGUAAAAGUUGCAGUCGUUGUCAGACCGUGGGGUGCAAAUAAUGGCUCAGAAGAUGUGACAAGUACCACAAAUAGGACAAAGUUAAUUGUCACUCUUCAUGCAAGUCCUCCUUCUCCUCCAAAGUGUCCAAAUGGCUCAGUUUACAAUACCUGUGGAACAGCAUGUCCAUUGACUUGUGAUAGUCCUCAUCCCAGGACAUGCACCAGGCAGUGUGUGCUUGGCUGUUUCUGUCCCACAGGAAUGCUGCAGAGAAACACUACGUGUGUUACACCUGAUGAGUGCAACAAAUGUCAUUACAAUGGUAGAACAUAUCGUAAUGGAGAAAGAUUUAAUUCUACUGAUGGGUGCAACAGAUGUAUUUGUCUUGAAGGCCAUGUUGCAUGUACAAGGAAGGCAUGUCCAGUGUUGCAUCCACUGUUGUGUCCAAAUGGCAAAGAGUAUAGAGAGUGUGGCACCGCGUGCCCACCGACCUGUCAGAAAGGGCCAUUGAGAUGCACUCUUCAGUGUGUACGUGGCUGCUUUUGUCCACAUGGUCUUGUAGAACACAACGGUCAAUGCAUCAAGCCAAGCAAGUGUCUACGACAAGAGACACCCUGUGAUCAGUUGAGGAGCAAUCAGACAACUACGUGUAAUGGACUUAUCGGUUGCUUUGUCACUUCUUGUGAACCCGAUGGCUCAUUCAGUAGUCAACAGUGUCAUCCAUCAACUGGUUACUGCUGGUGUGUGGAUGAUUCUGGUAACAAAUUGGAAGGUACAGAUACCGCUCCAUAUCUGGUCUCAAUGCUGGAUUGCACGAAACCAGUUGUUGCUGUACCAACACCAGCAAACGCCACACCAACUCCUAGUCCACCUAUUUGUCCUAUGAAUAAAACAUUUGGUUGUGGAUCAGCUUGCCCACUUACUUGUUCGUAUCCAAGUGUAAGGGUGUGCACGAGAGAAUGUGUUUUCGACUGCAAUUGUCCACGUGGUUUGUUGGACGCUGGUGAUGUAUGUGUUACUGGGAAUAGUUGUUCAGGUCUUUCAAGUGGAUGUGAGCUUGUCAAGGGAAAGAAAGAAUUUAUCUACUUUAAUGGAUGUCGCAGUGUGCGGAGAGUUUUUGUUCCCAAGUGCAUGGGAUGGUGCACUGAAGAAGGUUCAAGAGCACGGUGUCGCGCUACGGAUGGAUUAAAGCAGCAAAUGGUUGCAUUUCGGUGUAAGCCUAAAGAGAAAGGAGGCAAAAAGUAUACAACCACUAUGACAAUUGCUGUGGCUGAAAGGUGCAGUUGCUCUUUGGUGUAAGAGUGGAUCGAAGGCUUGCGGUGACAUUUUGUCUUUCAAUUGCUUGUCUGUACUAUGUGUGACUGUACUAUGUGUGACUGUAGGCUACAUUGUAGUUUGAAUGGUAGAGAGAUUGACUGAUUUUGUUGACUUUAUCGAGGUUUGAUUUUGAGAUUCAAUCAAUAACACUUGUGCACAAAAUAUUAUAACCAGACCCAACGGUAUGCCAACAA